AUGACAAAGCUAGCAGAGAAACAGGAGAAACCUGAUAACAAGGGACUUAUCCUAGAACAGGAUGCUCUUUACCAAGCUUAUGCUUCCAAAAGUCCCGAAUGGCAUCAAAAUAUGACACACCGACUUCUUCGCAAGGUAGACUGGCACCUUUUACCCUUUCUUAUUCUCAUGUAUCUGUUAAACUUCCUGGACAGAAACAAUUUAUCACAGGCCCGUCUUGGUACACUUGAAGAAGAUCUUGGCAUGGAAGGCACCGAUUACAAUCUUGCCACGAGUAUCUUGUUUGUCGGUUAUCUACUGAUGCAACUUCCUUCUAAUCUACUCCUCACUCGUGUUCGGCCUUCACUAUUUCUGGGUAUUGCAAUGGCCAUCUGGGGUAUGAUUUCCGCUUGCCAGGCGGCCAUUCAGUCAUAUUCCGGCCUCAUUGCGACACGAUUCUUUCUUGGAUUUGUCGAAGCACCUUUCUUCCCAGGUGCUGUCAUGCUAAUGUCGAGUUGGUAUACCCGACAGGAGUUGAGUCAUCGUAUUGCAUGGUUCUAUUCUGGUAGCUCGUUGGCCAAUGCUUUCGGCGGUCUUAUUGGUGCAGGUGUGCUAGGCAAUCUUGACGGCGUGCAUGGUAUUGCCGGAUGGAGAUGGCUAUUUAUCAUCGAAGGAGUUAUCACUGUGGGAAUAUCCGUGCUCGCUGCUAUCUUUCUCCCAAAUUACCCAGCUUCGACUCCCUGGUUAGACGAACAGGAACAAGCAUAUGCACAGUGGCGUCUAAUGCAUGACGCAGGAGAGGCUGACGAGGUCGGCUCAACUAGUAUCAAGGAAGCCCUAGGGUUGGUUUUUGCAGACAAGCGCAUCUAUCUUUUCAUUUUGCUUCAGCAUACCUCCCUCCUGUCACAGAAUUUCCAAUACUUCUUCCCGACUAUCGUGCAGACCCUCGGAUACGGGAAUGUGGAAACCCUCCUGAUCACCGCACCAGUAUGGAUCGCUACCUUCCUUAUCUCGCUACUGGUGACAUGGACAUCUGGCAAAACCAACGAUUGCAGCCUCCAUAUCAUUUGUUUGAUGAUGGUCAGUGUGGUUGGAGGUGUAGUUGCCACUGUGACAACUAACAUUGGUGCCAAAUUUUUCGCUAUGUUUCUGAUGCCAAUGGGUGCAGUGUCUGCAUAUCAAAUUAUCAUUGCCUGGGUCGCCAAUUCCUUUCCUCGGCCGUUGGUCAAACGGUCUGCAGCAAUCGCUAUUGCAAAUAUGAUUGGAAAUACCGCUUCAAUAUAUGGUAGUUACAUGUGGCCAUCCUCCUCAGGGCCCCGAUACAUUUCAGGGGGAAGUGCGACCGCUGGAAUAGCGUUCCUAGUGGCGUUAGUGGCUCUGGUUAUUCGUCUCGUGCAUAUUCACAUGAACAAAAGGCUGGAUGAGAUUGAGCCCUCGGGUUCAUCUUUCACUUCAAUUCCUGUUCUAGACUUCUCUCAGGCGUUAUCCCCAUCCAAGCCCACCUUCCUAGCAAGCCUUCGUGAGGCCCUUGUGAAUGUUGGAUUUUUCUAUCUUCGAAAUACUCCUAUUUCGGUUGAAACGCAAGAGCAAUUUAUAGAAAAGGCCUUAGAUCUCUUCGAACUCCCGCUAGAGAAAAAGCUUGAGAUUGAAAUGGUCAAUAGCCCGCACUUUUUAGGUUAUACAAGGCUUGGUGCAGAAAUUACGGCCUUGAAACCUGACCAUCGCGAACAAUUUGAUUUCGCAACCGAGCUCCCUGCGCCAGGGCCAAAUGAGCCUUUGUAUAGGAAUGUGGUUGGUCCUAACCAGUGGCCAGAUGAAACCGCAAUCCCUGGUUUUCGUGAAUCAUUGGACAGUUACCUGUCUGAAGUGAGCAGCCUAGCAGACUUGUUUCCAGCGCUUAUUGCAGACGCCUUAGACCUUCCUUCCAGUGCAUUCGAUCAAGUCUUUGACAACCCGCAGCAACAUAAACUGAAGUUGAUCAAAUACCCUCCCCCACCUAGAGCCAGCAAUGAGGAGUCCGGAUUUCAAGGUGUUGGCCCUCAUAAAGACUCCGGAUUCCUUACAUUCCUUUUGCAGGGAACACCGCACCAUGGCCUCGAGGUUCAAAAUAAAACGGGGGAAUGGAUUUCUGCACCGCCUAUCCCGGGAACAUUGGUUAUAAACAUUGGUCGCUCAUUGGAGGCUCUAACCGGGGGGAUCUGCACGGCAACCACUCACCGUGUAAGCCUACGGCCAGAGAACUUCCAACACGGUACCGGCUCUUUAGGACCUAGAUUUUCCUUCCCUGUUUUCCAGGGAGUGAGCCUCGAUCUUUCCGCCGAUAAGAUCUGUUUGGAUCUCCCACUUCAUAUCCGUGGAUUGGUGAAGAAUGACAUGGUGAAAUCGGAUGCAGAAGCAACUUUCAACGACAUAUUUCAUGGGAGCAUUGGCCAGGGUACUUUCAUUGCUCGGGUGACCAGUCACCAAGAUGUUGGACAACGAUGGUACCCGGAAGUUUUAGCGAAAGCAUUGAAGGGCCAAAGGGACUUUCUUGUCUAA